UCCGGUCUUAGUUGCAUUAGGUUAUGUCCGUGGAAUUCAGAGUAAGUAUGUUUUUAUAUUAAUAAAUGUAACAAACUAAUGGAUCGAUUAGUGAGUUGACUGAAUUAACAUGUUUUGUUCUGUAGUGAUCACUGGUUGACAAUUAUGAUUCAUGCCAAUACUCAAAGUGUUGCAUAUCUUGACUCGACGAAUGACUUUAUCCGAACUGAUAUUAUGAAAUGUAUCCAAAAUGCUGUGGACAUGUACAUGAUCGAAAAAAAUAUACGAAACAAGGGUCCAGUAAAAAUCAACCAAUACACGUGUCGACAGCAGCUGGAUGGAGUACAAUGUGGUUAUUAUGUUAUGAAGAUUAUCCAGAGUUUCAUGACGGUUGUUAAUCCUGCAAGUUUUUUGAAAAAUCAUUUCAAGUUAGACGCUCCCUAUAGUAACGAGGAGAUCAAUGCUGUACGGGAUGAGUUGGCCGAAUUUGUGAAGCCUUUGAUUAUAGAUUAAGUACUUAAGG